UGUUUUUGUUUCUGCAUUAAUAGAAAACAAUCAAGAUGUCACCAGCUAAGGGUGUAGCAAUCGGCAUUGACCUGGGCACCACCUACUCUUGUGUGGGGAUUUUCCAGCAUGGAAAAGUGGAAAUCAUCGCCAACGACCAGGGCAACAGGACCACCCCCAGCUAUGUGGCAUUCACUGACACAGAGAGGCUCAUUGGGGAUGCAGCCAAGAACCAGGUGGCUCUGAACCCCAGCAACACUGUGUUUGAUGCCAAGAGACUGAUUGGAAGAAAGAUGGAUGAUCCAGUGGUGCAGGCUGACAUGAAGCACUGGCCCUUCAAUGUGGUCGGAGAUGGAGGGAGGCCCAAAAUUCAAGUGGAGUACAAAGGUGAGAACAAAUCCUUCUACCCUGAGGAGGUUUCCUCCAUGGUCCUGGUGAAGAUGAAGGAGAUUGCUGAGGCCUAUCUCGGUCAAAAGGUGUCCAACGCAGUCAUCACAGUCCCGGCAUACUUCAACGACUCUCAGCGGCAGGCGACUAAAGAUGCAGGCGUCAUCGCAGGACUGAAUGUCCUGAGGAUCAUCAACGAGCCCACAGCAGCUGCCAUUGCGUACGGUUUGGACAAAGGCAAAUCAGGAGAACAUAACGUCCUAAUCUUUGACCUAGGUGGAGGAACCUUUGAUGUGUCCAUCCUGACCAUUGACGAUGGUAUCUUUGAGGUAAAAUCCACAGCUGGAGACACUCACCUGGGUGGAGAGGACUUUGACAACCGCAUGGUUAACCACUUUGUGGAGGAGUUCAAGAGGAAACACAAGAAGGAUAUUAGUCAGAACAAGAGAGCCUUGAGGAGGCUGCGCACAGCUUGUGAGAGGGCCAAGAGAACCCUGUCGUCCAGCUCCCAGGCCAGCAUUGAGAUUGAUUCUCUGUUCGAGGGCAUUGACUUUUACACUUCCAUCACCAGAGCUCGCUUUGAGGAGCUGUGCACCGACCUGUUCAGGGGAACAUUGGAGCCGGUGGAGAAAGCCCUGAGGGACGCCAAAAUGGACAAGGCCCAGAUCCAGGACAUCGUCCUGGUGGGAGGCUCAACCCGAAUCCCCAAAAUCCAGAAACUGCUGCAGGAUUUCUUUAAUGGCAGGGAACUGAACAAGAGCAUCAACCCAGAUGAGGCGGUGGCUUACGGUGCAGCUGUCCAGGCCGCCAUCCUCACUGGUGACAACUCUGGGAAUGUCCAGGACCUUCUGCUGCUGGAUGUGGCACCUCUGUCCCUGGGUAUAGAGACAGCUGGAGGAGUCAUGACAUCCCUGAUAAAACGCAACACCACAAUCCCCACUAAACAAACCCAGGUGUUCAGCACCUACUCCGACAACCAGCCUGGUGUUCUCAUCCAGGUCUAUGAAGGGGAAAGAGCCAUGACUAAGGACAACAACCUGCUGGGCAGGUUUGAGCUGACAGGAAUCCCUCCUGCUCCACGAGGAGUCCCACAGAUCGAGGUCACCUUCGACGUGGACGCCAAUGGUAUUUUGAAUGUUUCCGCAGUGGACAAAAGCACCGGCAAAGAGAACAGGAUCACCAUCAACAACGAUAAGGGCCGUCUGAGCAAAGAGGAGAUCGAAAGGAUGGUGCAGGAUGCAGACAAAUACAAAGCUGAGGAUGAACUUCAGAGGGAGAAAAUUGUUGCCAAGAACUCACUGGAGUCCUACGCCUUCAACAUGAAGAGCAGUGUGCAGGACGAGAACCUGAAGGGGAAGAUUAGUGAAGAGGAGCAGAAGAAGCUGAUUGAGAAGUGCGAUGAGACCAUCAAAUGGCUUGAGAACAACCAGCUGGCUGAUAAGGAGGAGUACCAACACCAGCAGAAAGAGCUGGAGAAAGUGUGUAACCCUAUCAUCAGCAGGUUGUAUCAGGGAGGAAUGCCUGCUAGCAGCUGUAGGGAGGAUGCUGGAUCCGCAACCCAGGGGCCCACCAUUGAGGAGGUGGACUAAAGUGUCCUUUGAUAUGGACUCUUUGACCUUACUAACUGUUUAAAAAAUACAACUGUAACUUAAUGACUAUGUUCCAAACUUGGCCCUUUUUAAAUGUGAUGAAUAGGAUGCAGUGUUCCUAAAUGUUUACAAUCUUCCAUGUUAAUGUAAUCUCCUUUUUUGUUAUAAAUAUUUUUUUAAAAUACAACUUUAACUCUCUAUCUUCUGUUAAGAUGUAUUAUAUCGUUAUUGUAAAAAUAAAUUGAUGCAUAAAUUGUAAGAAUCCUUAAAUGGUAAUGUCUCUUUCGUCUCUGCCCUGUUGGAUUUUAAAUAAAAAAAUCUAAAAUAAGA